GUCACGUGAUACUGUUCGUUGUGCUGCGUCGUUACUACCCUCGGCCGUACAGCCAUCCAGCUGUAGUAGAAGGAUGGCGGUAGAUGACCCGUUUUUUGCAGUAAGGGGAGAGAGAUGCUAAAUGCUACCAGCUGCAGUGUGGCCUGGGAUAGUCAGAUGGGAGGUCAACAAGGCACUAACCACUUCGAGGAGUCUCUACCAGCGAUGGUGUGAACUGCUGGAAGAAACUGGCACCAUAAGCAAGGAGGAGUUUGACUGGACAACAAAUGAGCUCCGUAACAGUCUACGCAGUAUCGAAUGGGAUCUGGAGGAUUUGGAAGAAACCAUUGGAAUUGUAGAGGCCAACCCUCGAAAAUUCAAAAUUGAAGCUUCUGAGCUGAAUGAAAGGAAGGUGUUUGUGGAGAACACAAGGGAGGCUAUUAAGGUAAUGAAGGAUCAUAUGUCCAGCCCUUCAGCUUUGGUAACAGCAGAAAGGAAAAACCAGCAGGUGGGUACAGAUGGACAUCAGUAUGCUGACCGAUACAGUCGUUUGGAUCGUGACCUGAUUGGUGCAAAUUCGAGGUACAUAGAGGACCAGCAAGCACAACAACGGCUAAUUAUGGAAGAGCAGGACGAAAAUCUGGAACUUGUUACGGGCAGUAUCAGAGUACUGAAAAACAUGUCUGAGCGGAUUGGUGACGAGUUGGAUGAGCAGGCUGUAAUGUUAGAUGAUUUCUCCCAUGAAAUGGACAAUACCCAGUCAAGAAUGGAUAGUGUCCUGAAGAAGAUGGCCAAAGUCUCGCACAUGACUAGUGACCGACGGCAGUGGUGUGCAAUUUGUGUCCUGCUCGCUGUACUGAUUACUGUACUGAUCCUGCUAAUUGUUUUGUGAUGGUUUAAUUUGGACUGGUCAUCGUGGAACCGUUAAUGGCAGGAGAUACUGCUUCAGUCCAUCUGCAGACCUGACUUGGCUGAAGUUCAGUGUACUCAAUGAUGUACUUAUUUUAAGCCUGUGGUUUUUAUUAUUUUAACUUAAAUAACAGCCAAGAUUUACUUUCACACUUCAGUUUGAAGUGAACAUUUUAUAAACCUUUAUCACAGAAAAUAAAAUUUCUGCAAAGUAACGGUACUAUAUGCCAUUAUGAACAAAAAAAAAUAAUUUUUUACAGCAUUGAUUGAAGAAAUUCAUUUUAUAAAAAUAUUUAAUAAUUUACACAUUUUGUUAGUAAAGUGGCAUAGGGUCAGAAGUGUUGAAAACUAAAAGGGAGUCUGCCAUUUGCUUAGUUAUGUCAGCUGAUGAGCAUGUUUAGGGGUGGUAGUGAUUUGUCAUACAUUAAUGACUGAAGAAUUAGAUUUUAAUAUGCAGAGCUUUUCACUUGAAAUAAAAAAGUAAGAUAGCCAGCCACUAAGAGGAACUGUCCUGACAUGUGGCAAGGAUGGAAUGCCACCUUGGAUGAUAAGGUGGACACCAGAUCUCAGAGCACAAAAUUGCGUGCAUGUGUAUGUGUGGGGCAGGGGGGGGGGGCAGUGUUUUGUACUGCUGUACUAUGUUGAUUGGCAGAGAAAAAAGCUGCAGUGCAGUUCCACACAUUCCUCUAGUACUGGGCUGCUACAGAUGAGGAGGACUGGUGGAGAUGAUUUUAUUUAACUUCCCAUAAGGCAGGUUUAGCCUAAGUUUUACUGCAUCAUUCCAAUAUACUACAGGUGAGUAAAUAGUAUAGGUACUGAGGGUUUUGGCGGCAGCAGACUGGGGGGGGGGACUCAUAUCUGCAUCUUUUAAGAGUAACCGACUAUGUGCCAAUCUAAAAGCACCACAGAUGGCUGGAUACAUUAAAAUCAGAGCACUAAUGACUCACUUACUACCUUUCCUUGGAUGGGGUGGGCUUCAUGGUCUGAGUGGGCUGUGCUCAUUAUAAAAACUAGAAAAUCUUGCACUUUUGUAGGGACAGGGUUAGUACAACAUAAGGAUAUAUUUAAUAUGGAAAACAGAUUAGAGUUUAAUAUAGUUACAACCACAAGCAAAUACAAUGGCACAAAAGUGAGACUUCAAAGGAUUAUGAGACACUUGGGGGGGGGGGUGCAAUUUGUUAAAUACUCAGUUUCAAACAGACUUUACUAAAGUCAUAUGCAGACUCACAGUGGCUCAAACUCAUCUUUGUUGAACAGUGAAUGUUAAAAAUAUCACCAGUAACUAAGCAGGGAGGUGAGCAUGUUAAGAGAGUACUUGUUUCUCUCUUGGAAGGUAUUGUGGUGUGCAAAUAAUACUGUAAACUGUGCCAGUUAAUGUCAUUAAGAAAACAUGCUAUCAGGACAUGCAGUUAUGAAGGACAGUGUUCUCUGAAAUGUGUUAUGCAUGAGGUGUAACUGAAUGCUACAUCUUGUCAAAGUGUAUUACUGUGUUAUGACUUUGUAAACAUCGAUUUAUUUAUUCCUGUAAGCAAUGAGUUUUUAUGUGUUUUUUUUUUUUUUAAUUCAGGACUGUAGCUUGUGAUCUGUUGAGCACUUUUUGCAGGAUAUUAUUGGUACCUUCACAUGUUUAUAUGUUAAUAACUGGUUUAACACAUGACUACUUUUCAGUGCAUGAUGGACUUUUGUUAUGAGAGUGUUUUAUCAGUCAUUGUAUGCUAUCUCACCAAGACAGCACACUUCAGAAAUGCCUGUGUUGUCACAGGUAGCCUACAAAUUGCAGACCAAAUGCCUAGAGUCAGCUGAGUUCGUAUUUAAUAAUCACUGACACUUUAUAAAGUGCAUGUUUGUGGAAUUUUUUUUUGAUGUGGAUAUAGUGGUGUUUACAGCAGUAGUCACAUGGAUUUACUUCUUCAGUGGUGGGAGAGCUGCCAUAUCAAUGAAGCAGCCGGAAAAUGAAGGUCACUUUAGGUAGAUGUGGGUGAGCAUCAUUAAAUGAUGGUCAUUUAGGUAGAUGUGAGUGGCCAUCCUUUGGACACUUUCCUUCUCAGCAGUAGGUAUGGUUUCAUUCAUAAGAAUGGUGCCUGGGUAACCUUUUUGAGUGUGAAGGCUGCACACAAAUGCGGGGGUAGAAGGUCGGUAUACCCUGUGCAGACCCUGUACAAGGCUUCAGAAAAGCAAGAUCAGCAUGGCAUUUGCUGCUGUUCUACACCAUUUGUGACACUCAGUGGAACCAUUCAAGGGUUCGAUAUGGACAUCCAUUGUGAAGGAGAAAAAGUUAUUCUGGGUAAGAUUUGUGAUGAGGUUUUGAGGAAAUCUGAUGAGAACUUUUUACUAAGCCUGUAUCUGCAGCUUAUCAAGGAAAUUGUAAUGAGCGUUGACUCUGUCUUUAACAAGUAGUGUUUUCAAAAUGUUCAUUUACUGUGUUUUGCCUCAGCCACAUUGUCGGUUUAGGUGCAAGUCUGCUAGUACUGUUUGUAAUUACCUUCCAGAUAUACUGUGUGCCAUUCAGGAAACCUGCAGUAAUUUAAUUUGAAGGACUAUAAAAAAAUAAUGGGAAGCCGUCUGCAAAUUUCAUUUUGGUACAACGCCUCCCAGGCUAAGUGGCAUAUCUUUGAGUCCGCAGCCAAAUCUGCGAUAUACACUUUGUUUAAAGCCAUAUCUGUUGCACUGUGUGUGUGAUAGGCAAGAUUAUUUUUAUGGUACAGAUGUAAUGAAAUGUCAAAUAAAAUAUUUUUAUUCUU